AUGUCUGGGAUAGAUUUAACAACCCAAAACCCCCAGUAUGCUUCCGUAUCUUAUCAAACUCCCUCACCGCUUCCAAAUAACCCUCCUCAAAUGCCACCACACCCCCAGAAUAAUCAAACAGCCCCACCGCCCCAGAAUCAAAAUCAAAAUCCAACCGCCUUCAACCCCCAAACACCGCAUACCCACUUAAACCAAAACACCAAUCCUCAAACCUACCCACAAAACUACCAAACCGCACAAAACGUCCCGAGUCCUUCUAUAGCUCUACCUCUCCCAAAAAGAACCACUUUCCAAGUUCCCAUUCCUGCCAAGCACGAGGUGCACGGUUCUGAGUUGGAUCACUACGAGGAGCAGGAGAGAGAGUGGAAGGCAAGGGAAGAAGCAAAGAUCGACAUAAAGGAGGAGAUUAAAAGGGCUAUGAAAGAGCUGCAGUGCGUUCCAGACAUCGCCGGAUUGAGUUAUGCAGAAUUGUGUAUCCACCCAGACUUGAAUCUUCCCGAAGGGUUCAAAAUCCCGAAGUUUGGUACCUUCGGAGGGGUAGGCAACCCCAUGGCGCAUUUGAGAGCGUACUGUGACCAACUCGUGGGAGUUGGCAAAGAUGAGGCUUUAUUGAUGAGGCUUUUCAGCCGGAGUCUGUGCGGGGAGGCCCUAGAAUGGUUUACGUCACACGAAACCAGGCAGUGGCCCAGUUGGAGCGCGCUAGCUAAAGACUUCAUUGACCGAUUUGCGUACAACGUUGAGAUAGUCCCUGAUCGGUAUUCUUUAGAGAAAAUGAAGCAGAAAUCGACGGAAAGCUAUCCGGAAUUCGCCUACAGAUGUAGAAAAGAAGCGGCAAGGGUGAGGCCUCCAAUGACUGAAAAGGAGAUUGUAGAAGUGUUUGUGCGGGUGCAAGAGCCCGAAUACUAUGACAGAAUCAUUUUGUUAAUCGGAGCCAAAUUCGCCGAGAUAGUCAAGGUUGGCGAGACUAUCGAAGACGGUCUGAAGUCGGGGAAGAUAGCCCGAGUAUCCGCAUCUCCUGGAUCUUCCGGAUUGAUGAGGAAGAGGAGAGAGGAAGUUGCCGCUGUUUCAUACGGGGGAAGGAAAACUCCCAGAAACUCAUCGCGUCCUCAAGAUCGCUCCAAGCCUCCACCAAAAUCUCACCAAGCCUAUCGCCCACAAUCCAAUCAUUCCAACAACUACAAUGCUUCCCCCACCUAUCAAGAUGCUCAAAUUUUGUCUUACCAAAAUCCACUCUUAAAUCUCCAAAAUUUUCCCUCCAUGUACCCAAAUUACCCCCAAUCUUACAAAAUUCCACCCUCUUAUCAGAAUAUCGCUCCCAACUGUGCCAAUGUACAGUCGAGCUAUCGAGCACCUUCCCCCACAUAUCAAGUCCAAGCUCCAGCAUAUCAAAGCCCCCUCUCGAAUUACCAAGCUCCAGUGCCAAAUUACCAGACAAACCCCUACCCUAGAACCCAAGCUCCUCGCCCAAAUACCCGCAAUUAUCAACAGGUUCCUCCCCCUCAGCAAAGCGGGUAUGAUCCUUCUCGUCCCAGGUUUGAAAAAAGGCCUUCGAGGAACUUUACCGCACUGGCUGAAAGCCGGACCAAGCUAUUCGAAAGACUAUCCGCGGCUGGAUACAUCCACCCUGUGGGCCCAAGCCCGUGGAUGUCAACUCUAAGUUCUACAAACCGGAGCAAAGAUGUGCUUAUCACUCCAACAGUGUUGGACAUGACACAGAAGACUCUAUCAAUCUUAAGCACAAGAUCCAGGAUCUUAUCGACCAGGAGGUAG